AUGGACAUGGCCUGUCCGCGGGGGCCUGCCGGUGGGGUGGGCGCCGGGGCCGCCCCUCCUCCGGGGCAGCCCCGCGAGUACAAGCUGGUAAUGCUGGGCGCCGGGGGAGUCGGCAAGAGCGCUAUGACCAUGCAGUUCAUCAGUCACCGUUUCCCUGAAGACCACGACCCCACUAUUGAGGAUGCUUACAAAAUCCGAAUAAGGAUUGAUGACGAACCUGCCAAUCUGGACAUUUUGGACACGGCGGGCCAGGCAGAAUUUACUGCCAUGAGAGACCAGUACAUGAGGGCAGGUGAAGGAUUUAUUAUCUGUUAUUCUAUCACGGACCGCCGAAGUUUCCAUGAAGUGCGUGAGUUCAAGCAACUGAUCUACCGUGUUCGGCGUACAGAUGAGACCCCCGUCGUUCUUGUGGGAAACAAGUCUGAUCUGGCACAACUGAGACAGGUCUCCAGAGAAGACGGCCUGUCCCUGGCCCGUGAAUUCAGCUGCCCCUUUUUCGAGACGUCCGCCGCCUUCCGCUAUUAUAUCGACGAUGUGUUUCACGCCCUCGUCCGGGAAAUCAGAAGGAAGGAGAAAGAGGCGGCGAUGGCGUUGGGGAAGAAAUGCAAGCCGCGCACCACCGUUUGGAAAAGGCUGAAGUCUCCGUUCCGGAAGAAGAAAAAUUCUGUGACGUGACCAGAAGGCUGCCUCCA